AUGGCAGCCGCGGACCCCUUCGCGCGGUUCGUGCCGUCGACGACGCCGGCUCCCGCCCCGGAGCCGGACGCCCCGACCGUGACCCUGCGGGAGGUGAUGUCCCCGCCCGCGUCCGUCCCGGAGGUUCAGACGACCGUCUCCGAGAUUAGAGAGGCGCCCCCGUGCACGCUGACGGUGACGCUUGACAAGAGCUCGUACAACGCGGGGGAGACGGUGACGGGCACCGUCAAGAUCGAGAACGACGUCGCCAUGGUGGCUAAGCGCGUCGAGGUGACCAUCCAGGGCCGCGAGCGCGUCACCCUUCAGCGCACUCGCGUCAUCCCCGAGCAGGAACUCGCCCCGUUCCACCACCUCCAGGGCAGAUCCCACAAGGAGCAUCACGCGCGCCUUCGCAUUCAUCCCAAGCCCGACGUUCGCAACCUCGUCGCCGAGCGAGAGUGGCGCGCCCGCAACGGCCACGUCAGCCAGGGUAAGUCGGUCACCAUCGUCGAGGACGAGACGCAGAUCGAGACGGUGUUCGCGGAGCGCCGGGUCGUGCUGCAGCUUCCGGGCGUUUCCGGCGGUGACCUACCCGCGGGGACGCGUCACGAGCCCUUCUCCGCGGUGAUCCCCCGCGCGGCGCCGUCCGCGUUUUACGUCGCAGGGGGUAACUGGAGCCACGGCAAGGGAUACCUCGCGGAGAUCGUGUACACCGCGAGCGCGGCGAUGGUCGGGCCGGAGCAGCCGCGGUCUCCAGGGGGCGGCGGCGGGACUCGGCCGACCAUCGGCACGGGCCCCGCGGCGCCCGCCGUGGAGUUGGGCGACGGCGAGGCGUUGCUCGCGUCAGCCAAGCGUCAUUUCCUCGUGACGCAGCAGCUCAACCCGUCGCUCAACCCGGCGAUGACCGCGAUGUCCGCGUCCACCACCGGCGGGUUCCAGGGCGGGUUCCAGACCUCGGGGUUGACGCCGAGCGGCGCGUCGGGCUCGGGCCCGGGCUCCGACGUCGUGCAAUACGCGAACCCGCUGGCUGUGGACGCCGCGCCGAGGUUCGCGGGCCCGACGGUGAGCGGCUCGAGGCAGUUCAUGACGGGCGGGAACCUGAGGGCGACCGUCACCCUCGACAGGAGCGUGUACGUACCCGGGGGGGACUCCGCGGCGGCAAAGCUGGAGGUGAACUGCUCCGCGGCGCAGGCGUGCACCAUGGUCGGUUUCCACGCGGUGUGCGCGGUGAACCUCGUCGCCAACUCGCAAAAGUGGGCGCAGACGUUCGAGUUGCAGAAGGAAAGCGUCGACACCCGGCACCCGGGCUUUCCCCCCGGGUACUACGGCGAGCGUUUCCUGCCGCUUCAAUUUCCCCCCGGGUGGCCCGCCACGACGCACGGAGCCCUCGUGCGGUGCAACUACGGCUUGCGCUGCGUGCUGUACCUGCCCAAGACGUUCGACAUGACCCUGGACGCGCCCGUGGUCGUGGCUCCGUCGGCGUCGAUGUACUCGUGCGCGAGGCCCGCCGGGGCGCCCUUCACCGGACCGGGCACGGCGCUCCCGCCGGCUCCCGACUUGCCGCCGCCGCGAAUCUUCCGCCCGCUGUGGGUCGACGACGCGCUCGCGCACGCCUGCCGCGGGUGCCACAGCAGGUUCGGCGUCUUCAACCGGCGCCACCACUGCAGACAGUGCGGCCACGUCUUCUGCGUGAGAUGCGCCAACGAGAAGCGCCCACUACCGAGGCUCGGGUACCGGCUUCCCCAGCGCGUGUGCGCCGGGUGCCUUCCGGAGGCGCUCCGGACGGGCGGCGCCUUCACGCCGGUGGAGGAACAGGUGGACGCGACGUACUGGCGCCAGAAGAUGGCGCACCCGGGGUUGGGCCCGACGCCGCCGGUGCCCACCGCGUACGCGAGGGGAGCGGGACACGCGACGGGGGCGACGGGCGGAGACGCGGAGUUUCAGAGGGAGGCGAUUUUCAGCUCAAACCUCGACGGGGGCGGCGACGGUACCGACCCCGGGGUUGACGUCGCGGGUUCGGGGGGAUCGGCGGCGGCGGGCUGGGGGGCGAACCACGGGGGCGGCGGUGGUGCUAUGGGCGCGGGGAACGCGGGAGGAGGUGCGGUGACGCCCCCGGCGACGCUCACGGCGGAGCUGCGGUGACGAGCGCGAGGCGUACGUUUCCACGACAAUUUUUUUUCCGACGAAGGCGAAAACU